AUGACUACGUACACCAGAACAGGUAUCAAGCCCACAGUAAACUACGAGGCAUUCCAUCACCUCACCUUCUGGGUCGGAAAUGCCAAGCAGGCUGCCGCUUACUAUACCACACACUUUGGGUUCCACUACAUCGGUUACCAGGGCCUCGAGACUGGCCACCGCCAAGUGGCAUCGCAUGUCGUGGGCAGCGGCGAGCUCGUCUUCGUGUUCCAGUCAGCGCUGCGCCCGGGAAAUUCCGAAAUGACAGCAUUCCUUGGACAACACGGCGAUGGAGUCAAGAACGUCGCCUUUACUGUCGACGACGCGCGAGAAUGCUACAGACUGGCGGUCGAGAAGGGCGCACAGCCGAUCCAGGAGCCCUGGGAAGAGUCCGACAAGCAUGGUCAGGUCACCAUGGCAACCAUUCGCGUGUACGGCGACAUCGAUCACACAUUUGUGCAGCGGAACGGGUAUUCAGGCGUCUUUCUGCCCGGAUUUGUGUCUAACAAUAGCUUCCAGGCGCUCAGUGACGUGCUACCGCCGGUGCCCGUCGAGUUCAUCGACCACUGCGUCUCAAACCAGCCCGAAAACCAAAUGGUUAAGGUAACAGAGCGGUACGAACAGAUGUUGGGCUUCCACCGAUUCUGGUCUGUCGACGACAAGGAUGUUCACACAGAGUUCAGCUCGCUGCGGUCGAUAGUCAUGGCCGAGUGGAACGAGAGGAUCAAGAUGCCUAUAAACGAACCAGCACAGGGGCUGCGCAAGAGCCAGAUCGACGAGUACAUCGAGUUCAAUGGGGGGCCCGGUAUCCAGCACAUUGCCGUGCGCACGCCCGACAUCAUAACGGCUGUGAGCAACAUGAAGAAGCGCGGGGCGGAGUUUUUGCGCACGCCAAAGACGUACUAUGACGAUUUGCGCCAGCGAUUGGCUCAGAGCAAAGUGACGAUCAUGGAGGAUCUCGAUGUCCUCGAGAGACUCAACAUCCUGGUAGACUUUGACGACCAAGGCUACUUGCUGCAGAUAUUUACAAAGCCUGUGGAGGACCGUCCGACAGUGUUUUUGGAGUUUAUCCAGCGUCACAACCACCAGGGAUUUGGUGCAGGAAACUUUAGCCAGUUGUUCAAGGCCAUCGAGCGCGAGCAGGAAUUGCGCGGCAACCUUUAA